GCUCGUUACCAUUAUUUCACUCUCCUGCGCUAACCACGCAGUAUCUCAACAGCUGCGGUCAGCUUCAUCAAUUUGUUUAACGGCUAAAUUUGACGAACCGCCGUCACCCAGAAUAUGACAGACUUUGAGGAUUCACUUAACUCCUCAAAUAGCGAAUCAUAUUUCCGGUCAAUAGCUCUUCCACCAGUAACCGUUUUGAACACAGAGCAGGACGAGGAUUGCAUUUUCAAAGGGAAAGCCAAACUUUAUCGAUAUGAUCGAGCGGAAGAACCCCCGGAAUGGAAGGAUCGUGGGACAGGUUACGUCAAGAUCCUCCAACAUAAGAGCACUGGGCGAUUUCGUCUAUUAAUGCGUCGUGACCGUACAUUCAAGGUCUGCGCCAAUCACGCCAUCACACCGCAAAUGCAGCUGAGACCCAACUGUGGCAGUGAUCGGGCUUUUGUGUGGCAAACACGAGGCGAUUUCUCCGACGAAGUACCCAACUCGGAGCCUCUUGGAAUUCGUUUUCCAACAGUCACAGACGCGCAGUCCUUCAAAGAAUGCUUCGAGAAAGCCAGAAAUUCCUUUCCGUCGAGCAGAUCUGACAACUCUCCUAUUGCCUCCAAGAGCUUGCCGAACAGAUCCCCCGACACAAAGCCAAAGGAAGACGUCGGUUCUAGCCUCACGGUCCCAUUACAGAAGUUGAUUUUGGCCGACACAACUUCGACUGACUCGGGUUCCGGCGCGAACGGCAUCAGAAUCUCAAAAGCGACCACUAUUUACUGAGCUUCCCUAUUUUUGUACCGGGGAUAUUUGUCUAUGCUUAUUCCGCAGGUGUAAUUUGUAUGCGUAUUUUUCUCUUUCUCUGAGCUUUUUACACCUUUAACCAAAUGCAUUUUUACACCGCCUUUC